AUGAGUUCCCCUCAAAAGUGGGAUACCGCCGUAGAACGGGUGGACCCGACAAAAGACGAUAGCCAUAGCCUCGGGACGAUUAAUAAUAAUAAUAACAACAACAACAUUGUCAUCGUUGAACAACGGGAAAUCGAAACAAACAGCGAAGAAGACGAUGCACAAACAAAUAGCGGCGAUUGCUGUGUGGUGUACGACCACCAAACCAACGAUUGCACAACCGGCGGUGUUCCGCCGUCUUGGCCGGAAGAAAAACCGGAAAUAAUCAACGACGGCGGCUGCGAUGAACAAAUGGACGUGACGAAAGAUUAUACCGUGGUGGUGCAGCAACACGGGUCCGAUAUCGAUGUGCCGUCGUUCACCGCUCCCGGUGACGCCGUGAUGAUGUCAUCGUUGUUGUCUACCAUAUCUAUUGGUCCGGCACAUAGCUUGGCGGCACCGGAACAAUCACAUCCGGAGUUUACAGCAGGCGGUCUUCAUCAAACACCGGAAGAACCGCCGUCGUCGUCGCCAAAGCCGUUGGAACAAAAGCAGCCGUGCGACACGCGGUCGGACACGGUUGCUACUGACUACCAAAGCGGCGAUUCGGUCCGUUUGAACGCGUUUGGAGACCAAGACCAAGAUGCAGCGAUUUCGUCAAAUUCCUCCGACAGCAUCUCCGACGACGACGAUAGCGAUAGCGACCAGGACACGACCAGAUACGGUAGAUUUAAAUAUCACGGCAGCGCUGCAGCUACGGACGAAAACUGCGGAGAAGAAGAAGAAGAAGAAAAAUACAUAACGACCGUUGAAUUGGAUCGACCUACAACGUCGUCGUAUGAACCGUCGCCGCCGCAAUCGGACCAAGACGACGAGCCGUUGAAUUAUUAUUCGUCCGAAGACGAGUCGUUGAACUAUUCGUCCGAAAUCGAAGAACGCGAUGACUGGGACGAAGAGCAGGAGCAAAGCGUAACACCGGCCUCUGAGUACACCGCCAGAAGAUCGGAUAGUGUUGAAAACGAAGCUGACCAAUCUUGCAGUCAAGAAGUGUCAGAGUCCAACACGGUGGAAGAUGUACACGACGUGGUGGCGCCAAAAACAAACCCUAUUACGGUCUUCAGUAGCUUUAACCUGGCCCAUUCGAAUAUCGGCCACCGACAAAAAGAUGAUGAUGAUUUGCCGGGUACGGUCAAAGCUGAUGUAGACGAUAGCGACGACUGCACCACCGCCGCUACCACUUUGGGCGAAGUCGAAAGCGAAGAAACGGACGAUUCGCAACCGACGAGGAUGGUGGUCGACGAGCAGCAGCAGCCGCCCAAUUCGUUUUUGUUCGGUCAACAACGGCGCGCAGAAGACGCGUCCGACGACAACGACAAACCGGUAUUUCUUUUCGGUCGGGUAUACGCGUCCCAAAGCGAUACUACCGCUAGUGCCGAUUGCACUACUACUAGUACUUGUGCUUCUUCUACUACAGUUACUGGCGAUUGUGCGUCCGACUGUAAUACCAGCGAAACGGAAACCUUUACCAUCGCCUCCACCACCGCAUCCACCGUCAACACCCUGGUAAACGCCGAAGAAACGGAAUCGCAAGAUACGAUUCCGUAUGGCCGCGUGGACGACGACGACAUCAGAGAUAUUGUCGAACUCAAGUCUUUACCCGACGAUAGUACUUCGGAUGACGACGGCGGUACGAUAACGCCGCACAAUGCACGUUCGAGAUCAUCGUGUAGCAGCGUACAUUCGGAGGAGGAGCAGCAGGAAUCGUCGAGUUUCAGAUCGAAUAGUUUACAGCCAGAAUCGUCCACCGGCGGUGCAGAGCCGCCUAGAAUUGUUGAAAACUCAUCGUCCGAGCAAAACGCUGCUUCGCAACAAUUAUCGCAACCAGAUGCGGCCGAAACGACAAAUGUUGAUAAUAUGAUGGUCCACGAUACCAGCGAACCGUUUGUGUUGCUCGUUAAUUGUGACUGGCAAACAACCGGCGGCGCGGUGGUGGUGGUGGUGCAGUUGAAGAACCGCACGACGACCUCGACGGUAGCCUUACGAAAUCGUGUCCUUUGUCGUCGACGAUGGUGGAGACUACGGAGGAUGAUGAUGUUGCUACGAAGAAAAGAACAAGACGGCGUGCGGCUAGCGAAGACCGACAACAACCAGCUACUAUGA